GCAACAGUCGCAAGCAGGUAACCUACUAGAGCGCGUUCGGGCACGGACAAAUAUUAGCCGCUUGCAUAGAAUUGACAACAAAAAAAAAAAUAUAUAAAACAAAUUUAAAAAAAUCAUUUUAACGAACGAUCCACCGACCGCGCUAGUAAAACAUCAAAGCGCGACGCGAAAAAUAUUCAACAAAUUUAAAGCAACAAAACUAUUGCUAUACUCGUACAAGACCGAGUUCCCGCAAUACCAUUGCGAAACUCUGUUGUUUACGGCUUGAUGUAUACAUUUGUAUAUACAUAUGUAUAUUCAACGUUCAGUAUAGUACAGUAAAGACUAGGAAAAGUGAGCUACAUAUACAUACGUUUGAGCAAAAUGCAGUCAGACCCAUCGCCGCUGUGGUCCAGCAGUUUGCGCUGCCUGCUUACCACCUCCAUCCUGUUGCUGGUGUUCAGCGGUAAGACAGUGGCUCAAUCCAAUUACGUGCAACAUGGCGAUAGCGGCAACUACUCUACAAACGGACUGCCCGAGGAGGCGACCCUGGAUGGCAAGGUAACCAAGUUGGACGAUAUAAGCCCCUUGAUUUUUCUGAAUCGCACCAAAGCAGCGCUCAACUGCGCCGCAGGUUCAAUGCAAGUUGAUCUCAAAUUCAAUGAUCCAUUCCAUGGCAUCAUUCAGGCCGACUACGAUCGCAGCAGCGCGUGCCGCGUUAGUGGCAAAGGCGCACUUAGCUAUCGCCUGGAGCUCCCACUUAAGGGCUGUGGCACAAUACAGAAUCCCACACGCGUGUUCACCAACAACAUUAUUGUGCGCUUCCAUGCCAAUUUGGAAAUGGAUGGCGAUGAGAUCAUCACAAUAGUUUGUCGGUAUCCGCCGCCGGUGCCUUCACUGCCACCCGCAUUGCCAGCACCCAUAUUAAAUCCUAUUGCCACUGGAGCUGUACUCCAGCCGCCACUAAAGGGCAUACAAAUAUUAAUGAUCAUCUGUGCUAUCAUGUUCCUGACGCUUUUGCUGUUGGGCCUAGCCGUCUCCUACUACUGUCUGCGAAGCCGGCCCAUACCAGUCGUACGGCGUUUACCUAUGAGCAUGGGUAGCGGAUCGGAGAUAACCAAGUUGAGCGGUAGCAGUGCUGGCAAUAUUAGCGCAUUCGAGGGUGUGAAAAUACCUCGCGCCCAUGCCGCACUCCAAGCCGUCUAUAGCUCCUCGGGCAGCGAAGGCGCCUUGAUACCUUCGGACUAUCCCAGUGAAUCGCAUUCAGAAAUCGAGGAGAUUGACACUCGUUCGUUACCGUUCAGUUCAGCGGGCAGUUUUGAAAAUCGAGCAUUUGUUCAAGAAACUUCAAGUAUAUAUAGUGACCAUUAUAGCCCGACCCAAGAAAUACCUGCAGCUAACGCAAUCAUGACUACCGUUUCCCGACAAACCAAUUCUAUACAAGAGGUGGCCGCUGGUUCACCGAAGUUCGAUGUUCAGGUCCGGGUAAAGAAAUCUCCACCGCCAAUUCCAUCACCCGUCACUUCCGACACGGAGAGCAUGGCCACGCUGCGGACCGAUCGUAACAAUUUGUCCACCAUUAUGGAGGCAUAUGAAGAUCGGGAAAGUGUCAUGACCAUGGACUCGUUGCCGCCCCAAGUAGAGACGAUGCAGUCGCAAUUUACUUAUGUGCCGGAGCUGCAUCCAGCACCGCAGCAGCCGCAGCCACAACCGCUACCCAUGGUAGCCGAGCCUAAGUUCUCAGUGUACACACGCACGCAUCAUGAGGUCGUAGAUGGUCGCCCAGAAACCUGGUCUGACUACACCGAUGGGCCGGAGCCAAGCGAGAUUACAGACCUAGCCUCUGAGGCACCUGAAAGACUAGUACAUGACACAAGUCGUGCAGUGGAAUCGAUGCACUACUACGAGGACGAGUAUGUACCAGCGGAGCCAGUGGUGCUAUCCCCGGUGCUGCCUGUAACAUCGCACACAGUGGACGACAUCUAUUUGCGUACGGUUACUGAGAAAAAAACCAUCGAAGACAUUGAAAGCCACAAGCGUCGUGUUACCGAGUACAAGAGUAAGCCGAAAGCGCCACUGCCACCUCCUCCUCCGCCGAUUGUUGAUCCCAAGUUCGACGUUAAGGUGCGCAAUUAUCCGAGCCAGCGCGAAGAGCAGCAAUGGGAAAACUUUUCUGAUAUCUCUAGCGCCUCUGGUCUUACACUGACGCCCAAGAUGGCGCGCACCGAGCUAAGUUUGCCGCCUGCUGAGCCACCGGCGCAAAUUCACGAUAACAAGCUUAAGUUGACCAGCCCCGAGCUAGUUGGAAACAUGAAACCGAUUGAGGUGCCACCACAGGACAAAGAUGUGCCCAACUGGGAUGUCCUCAUACGCAUACUAGAGGAGCCUGAGCUAUCAGAAAUUGGUGACGAUGCUAGUUCCGUGCACAAUAUAAGCUAUGAUGAUAGGGCCAAGUGGAAGGAAAUUAUCACCACGCAAUCUUCAUUGCGUACAAUGCUCACAGAAGCUGUUGUGCGUGAAGACUUUGAACGUAUCCGCCAGGACACGCGCUAUGAACGCAUGUUCGAGCCGCAGACUUGGGACGUCAUCAUACGCAUCCUUGCACCGCCCAAUGACGACGAUACUGACGUGGAGACGCGCGGCCCCAAGCGUGGCAAGAAGGCGCCUCCGCAGCCCUGGGACACACGCUCGAGGCGCAGUUCCCUGCCCACGCUAUACGAGUAUGAUAGCGACGGUGGAUCCAGCGUGCGAACCAUACGCAACGAUCCAACAUUACCGCUACAUGGUGGCCCAUUGGGUGUUGGUGCCGGGCCUGGUCCGUUCAAUACGCAACGGUCACGACGAAGCUCGCGCACCUCAUACCAAACGGACCACAACGACUUCCGAUCAAUGUCUGAGGUGACCGUUGAUUUUGGCAGGCCACAGCCAGAUAAUCUGGAUAAUGUAAGCGAUGCCAGCUCGUAUUAUCACAUGCAGUACUACGAUGACGAGGACAGGCGUUCCUUCCAUCGGUCAAUCAGCCAUCCAUCACUGGCUCGCUCCGCAAGUGAAUUCACCGAGCACUGGACAGCACCCGAUGAGCUAGAAGUCUCCUCGCCAGAGGGCACGCCCCGCGCCUAUCGGGCACGUCAGCCAUUAACGCUAGCUCAGCUCGAAUCGGUUCAACCUGAGGAGCGCAUCGUAUCUCAGACGCAAAGCGAAUACGUGGAGACGCAUCAAAGCAUCUUUCAAUCUGAAAAGCAGUUGCCCCAGCCCCCGCGCAAAUGGUAGGCGGCGCACUGUCUCCACCACAAGCCUUAUUUUUUUUUUUUUUGUUUUUUUAAUUAUUCGGCCAAACACAUAAGCGCAAAAUACGUUUCGGGUGGGGUUAUUAAUACUUAGUUUUGACAGUAAUACAUACAUAAUUGCUUUUACAAAUUAAGAUCUUGAAGUAAACUCUUCAGCUGAUUUAACUUUAUCAACCACUCUGAUAAAUAACUGUAAAGCAUAUCAUUAAAUAUAACUGAAAUCUUACCGGGACAUUAUAGUCACAAUUCAAAAUUGUAAACCAUUCCAAUUAGUAAAUUCUCUGAAGUGAAUGCCCCAUUUAUAAAUAUUUAUAUACGAAAUGACGCAAUACUAACAAACGUGCCAAUUACAAUUGCCUGACAAAAUGUCCACACAGUUUGCAAUAUUAACAUAAAUUUAAAUGCAAAUCUGAUCAAUUUUAGUUCAUAAAGCAGAAUCGACAUUCAUGUGGAUGGGCACUUGUAAAUUCUUUAACAACCCAAAACUUGGGGUCCUAUUAUUUUUUUUCUUUCAAACAUAUGUAUAUGUAUAUAUGUAUUUAUGUAUGUAUGUAUGUAUGUAUGUAUGUAUCUAAUCUAACGAUAUAGCGUCUUAAGCUGAUAGAGUAAAUAUGUAAGUGCCUUAAAAUUACAUAUGUAUAUGUACCCCUACAAGGAUAUAUGUACAUAUAUAUGUGUAUGAUUCUCUAAUUUGCAUUAAACACUAUACUGCCCUUUAAUAUCUCAAAGAACA